UAUAAAGGGAACAAGUAAACCAUUCGGCAAUUCAGUUGUUUCUUCAAAUUCAUGCAUGAUCCGCAACUGUUAUGAUGUAUUUGUCAUUUUUUCUCCUGUUCUUUGUUCCGUUGUUCGUUUAUGGCGUGUCAAAUUCGUCUGUGAGUUCAAUUACUAAGGACCCCUGUCACUAUUGCAACAUUGAUUUGAAUUGCCACUACACGGACCUGGGCAAUGCCGUAAAGUCCUUAGAAUCGAAGGUGGACAGUCUUUUUAAACAAAACAACAAAUCCUUUGGAAUAGGCAAUGCGAUUAAGUCUUUAGAGGCAAAGGUGGAGAGUCUUACUGGACUUAGCAACAAGACUUCUGGCGUCGGUGAUUCCGUAAAGACCUUGGAAGAAAAGAUGGAGAGUUUUCUUGGACUGAACAACAAGACUUUUGGAAUCGGCGAUGCGGUCAAGUCUUUGGAUGCAAAGGUGGAGGGUUUUUCUGGACUGAUCAACAAGACAUCUGGCGUUGCCGAUGCCUUAAAGUACUUAGAAGCGAAGAUGGACAAUGUAUUGAUCAACAAGACUUUGGAAUCAAAGACUGAGAGUUUUAGUGAACUGCGCAAUAAUACUUCCCGAAUCGGCAAUGCGGUCAAGUCCUUAGAAGCAAAGGUUCAGAAUCUAAUUGCUCUGAUUUAUCGUACUUCUUCAGUUCCACAACCGGCUCCGAAACGGGCACAGUCAGGUAAUCUAAAAAGAAAAGUAUUAAUCUCAUUUUAUAUCGAAUCUUCUGAUCAGUAAAAUAUCCUUUGAUCUUUGUAAUAUCCUCAACUCAGUUUCAAUUCUCGGUUUUAAUCGCGUCAGCUGCUGUGACAGAGUCUCUUCUUGCAGACAACAAUAUACGAAUAACUAUACAACUGAGAGGCACAUUUUUUUUAUUCAAGGACAGUUUUUCACUUUCUUCAUUCAGUGAUAUUGUUUUUCACUUGUUUCUUGAAAUUUUCUUGACUGUUUACUGAUAGCUUGGACACAACAAAUCUUCCAAAUGGAAAAUACGAUGCCUAUGCGCGUAUGCUCGGCAAAUAAAUCUACCCUUUAUUUUACUUUUUUUUCAUUUACGUGAAAGCCAUUCUCUUGUUUAUUUAUUUAUUUGAUUAUUUAUAUAUAUUUUUAGAGUAAUUCUUUAUAUUCCAUGUAUAUUUUAAUAGUAUUCAUUUUAUUUUUCCCCUUUUGAUUAUAGCUCGGGUUUAAAAAGCUCGGAGAAACGUAUUAGAGAAUCGAAGCUGUAAACUAACUACAAUUCUCAUGUUACUUCUCUCUCAGUUGCAACAUGUGUUGACAAAUCGCCUCAUUGUGGCCGCUGGGCGAUCAUUGGUGAAUGCACUAGAAAUCCCGGAUACAUGCUAACAUCCUGCUGUGUGUGGUGCAACCAUAUGAAAAGUACGUACUCGAAAACGAAAUAUAACUUCUUAAUCCUUGCCAAGACGAUUGCCGGGCGCGACAACGCUGCGAAAUUUUUUGUGUCUUUGAAGCAAAAUAAUUCGGAAGGCUUCAUUGGCGCACCAUAAAUUUCUUUAGAAAGAGACCAAAUAUAAGUCCGUACUUUGAAUAUUCGCGGACUUAAAUAUCAGUUUUCGAGGAUUUUAAGUUUGCUUAUAAGACCACUAAAUUUUACGCAAAAAGUUCGGAGAAAAACACGAACUUCAAUAUCUCGAAAACCUUUCAAUGUAAAGUCGGGAUUUCAAAUUCUUUACACGAUCUCUCGACUGUUUGAAAGGUUAAGUUCAUAAUAGAUUCUACAGUAAACAGAGGCGAUUCGUUCAUUCGGCAGUAAAAUUCCGCGCCCUGUGUCCAUGGUUGCCUUUGCCCACGUGAUAUGGCCCGCGUACUGUAUGCGUGAGGUAGUGGCCAGGCAGUGGGUUGGUGUAUGCGUGCCCCUUUCUAUAAGUUUCCACUAUUUUCAAGGUAAUUUUCGUUACUGCAAUUGAAUUAAGUUCAAUCUAUUUUUCAUCAAUUAAGGAAUUUGACAAUUUCUAAACAAAUUCAACAGCACGCGCGUAUGGGUAAAAUCUUUGCUCGUUGGCACUUAGCGAUAGCUAUAGCUAGCUAUAUAUAAUAAAACUUCUAAGUUCUGCGCAGUCAUAUACAGCCGGUUCUUUUCUGGUGUCCGGUGUCAUGUAACUUUCCCCUCCCCUUCCCUCCCCGCCCAAAACAAAAGGCAAGAACGUUAUGCGUUGCAACCCUACAGUGCACGAUUCUCACGGGUUGUCCAGGAGGCGGUCUGAGCUUCCCGGGAACAAGGUUGUUUGUUUGUUUGUUUUUCUGUGUGUGUUCUCGUUUGUGGAAAGAUCGAAACUCUCGGGAAAACACUACCAUUUAUCUAGGUGAAAAAAGGCGUACACGAGCCAAAGGCCCAAACGGACGGAACUUAUUCCGGUUUCCUUAGCAGACCUAGGAGUAUUACUGCUCCCUUGGAUGGUACGCUAGUCCAUCGCAGGGUUACCCGCAGCAGCAUGUCGCCGGUAACCAUUUGUGCCUGCACCUGGGUGAAGAGGGUGAUAAAGUGUAGUGAAUGUCCUAGCUUUUCUAAGGAAACAACGCAACGGCCGAGGCUUGAAUCUCGGACCUCCAGAUCCGGAGUUCGAGUUUUUAACCGCUCGGCCACACAAGCCGCCACCAAACAGUGUAAGUCUAUACUAAUGUUGCAUCAUUGCCUAUCUUCCUAGCUUUAAAGAACAUUUCAAGUACCUCUUGCACAAACCAAGACCAAAAUUGUCUUUCUUGGGCAAAUACUGACGAGUGCUGCAAAAACCCCGCCUAUAUGCUGGAAUAUUGCUGUGCCUCAUGCAAGGCUAAAGGUAAUCAAGUGAUCUUUAAAACUGGCUCCCAGUUGGUGUCCGCACUAAGAUUGCAGUGCAUUGCGGAUGAAAAUUUUUUCAAGAUGGCUGCGAAGUUCGCAGAUUAUAUGGUUCGUUUUUCAAUAGAUUCUCAGUCAAACCCCGUUAAAGGAACAGGUUCACGGUUAAGCGCAUGCUCAUUAAUUAAAUUACUUAUUUCCAAUUUAUUAUUAAUUGUAUCGGUUAAUAAUCCCACUCACAUGUAUCUCAGCGAUAUCAGAGUGUAUUUCAAAGUAGAACUGUAUUCAGAGUAACCUGAAGCAGGAUGGAGGAGUACUAAAAUGGCAGAAACAAAUAAGUGGAUUAUGCCAACACUACCAACGCUGAAUUUAUUGUUGACCCGAAGGUUUUAUUACAUGGUUGAUUCAUGAGAAUUUACAGGUAUUUUCAAAUAUUCAAGUUGAUCAAGUGCAAGUGACUGCCAUUGGAGUGUGCAGGAUUGGUUCUUUGACAACAUUCUGACAUGAUCAUAUUGCUUUCAUAGACGAUACAGCAUGUCCUGGCAGAAAAACAACAUUUUGAUAAAUCAGCAUGCGCUGAACCGUGAACCUGUCCCUUUAAAACAGACAUACAACAACAACAAGCUUUAAUUUUUAUGGACAUGCAAAUAAAGCUCGUCGUUGUUGUUGUUGUUGUUGUUGAGGGGGUGUCCGCGUUAAGUGGGAUGAAUUUAGAGAAAAUGUAAGGUAAGGACUUUCUUUUCUUAGGGACAAAGCAAAUAGAGUGGAAUAGAAUAGAAUGGAUGUCUUUAAUAAAUUCAAAAGAUAAAAAUACAUAUUUCAAGUUAUAACAAAUAGAAAAAAAAGUUGAGAGCUCUUAGAACAAUCAUGGCUAUUUACAUCAAGGAAUUAAUAUCAUUGCUAAAAGAUAAGUCUAUUCACAUAGGACGAUUUGAAGCGCCCUGUUGCCAUUAUAGGAUGAUAAAAGCAUGGUUUUCUUAAUGCGUAAUUGGUGAUCAGAAAUUCCUUUCUGGUAAAAUCUUCACGAGGGGCGAAUUUGUUCUCAGUGCCUUUCUAAAAAUGUGGCAAUCUGAUCUUUCAAGCAGCUCCCUUAUAUUCAAUUUCCUCGAUACAUACCUGCACUUGUAGCACCUAUCUAGAAAAUACUGUACGUUGUUAAGAUCAGAAGAGGAAGCUACAAAACCACGCAAAACAUUUGGCAUAACAAUUGAUUGAAACAGAUAAUCCAGCUCCUCCUGAUUGUACCCCUGUUGCCGAAGAGCUCUAAAUUGUUCUUAAUGAUGAGAUGUCUUUAUCUUUGUAAAUUUUCACGAAGUACGACCAGCAUUGCGGUGUUCCGCUUGUAGAAUUUGAAAUGUCUACUUGUUAUUUUUGCUGAUCAGAUCUUUGUAGAUCCUACUUUCUUCAACAUGUUCGUUUGCGGUCCUUUGCAGUCCUUUGCGGUUAAUGUUUGUACUUUUCUUAGACGAUUUUUUUUCCUAUUUUCAUGAGCUUCUACAUAUUAAGAUCUUUUCUGUGAAGAAAAACAAUCAAUAUUCCUCAUUACAAUUAAGACACGCAGGACGAAGAUUGAACGAGAAUUCAACAGACUUUGUUUUUCAAAGUUUCCGGAAGAGAAUCAAAGCAAACUCGCUUAUUUCUACGGCGUAUUUAACGAGUAUUCACCCCACAGUCCAAAUAUUCAAUGCACGCUAUCCUGACACAAAUAUUCAGAUUUUGAAUACCGCCCAUAAUUCUUAGCGAUCGUAAGUGCACACCACCUGGUUGGCCCCAGCUUUUUUAUUUAUUUAUUUUUUUACUUCGAUGCAACUGUUUUAAUCACGUUAGGCAGGCAUCUUAGCAGAGUUGUCAACGCGCGGAAUUCGCAUGAAGGGGGAUAGGACGGGGGGGAGGUGGGUUUUUCGGGAGGGGGGCGAGGUCUGAGUCUCUUUUUGACCCGCUAGCUAGACGUUUUCAUUGUAGUAACCAGUCUCAAUCCUCGGCCAGCCCAUUUGGCAGUUGGGGUUGAUAGUCAGUUCUCAAACUCAUUAAUAAUUCAUUAAGAAAAUUCAAAGGAAAUUAAUGUUUAAUGAGUGUUUGGAAAUCGGAUGAAACACUGCUUAGUAUUUGCAUCCUUAAUUUCUCCUUCAAAAAUGAUUUUGUUUGAGAAGAAAUAUCAAACAUUCGACACAGUGUUUCAUCACCAGAUGAAACACCUCGAAGUUCGUCAAAAAUACUCCGCUGCGCGUCGUAUUUUCAACUCUCUUCUCGGUGUUUCAUCUGGUGAUGAAACACUGCAUCUCAUGUUUGAUAUAUUACUUGAAAUUUACUUGUUAAAGAAUUUUCAGGUGAGUGGCAGCUUUUUAAAAUUAACUACGUUUCUUUACUUUCAAAAUGUUUAAUACUUGCACAAACAGCCUCGGUUAGAAACUUCUGCGAAGCAGCGCCGAGAUCCUUGUUCUGGACCCACAACGGACGCAAAGAUUUACCGGAAGUGCGUUUCGAAUUUCCCUUCAUCUAAACUGGCAAAUCAACAAUCGCCUUUUUAACAGGCCUAUCGUGGCGCGUACUCAAUUCCUGGUACACAGGUAAGGGCCCAGAACAAGGAUUUCGGGGCCGUUUUGCAGACGGACUUAACCGGAGUUGAGUUUCAUCUUUGGCGCAGGCUAACAAAAUCUUUGAUGUUAAAUUGCAUGGUUGAGCUUUAUCUUUCAUGCAUAUUUCCAAAUUUCUUACUGCCUUUCUUCUGAGAAAAUGUUUGUCUAUCUUUUAGGUUUCACGGCUCCGUGA